UUUAGGGCGAACAGAGACGUUGUAGCGAAUCACCAUGGGUAAUUCUGGUAAUUAGAUGAAAUUAAGAACAAUUUAAAUAGUUCGGCUCUGCAUUGUGGCUCCAAAAUUCAAAUUCUCUCUGUUAGGUUAGGGUUUUUGGGAGCUAGAAAUGGCGAGGCGACAUGAUGACUACAGAUUUCUUAAGAUAAGGGAUGUAAUUGGUGCUAUCAAUCAGAAAGUAAACCUGAUGGGGGUUGUGGUUGAGUUUAGUAUUCCCAAGCAGAGCAGAGGAACUGAUUAUUUCUGCAAGCUAAAGAUAGUAGAUGAAUCAUGUCAAAGUUCUGGGAUUACAGUUAAUAUUUUUGCUGAAAACAUGGAGAAGCUGCCUCACAUUGAAUCCGAUGGAGAUAUAAUUCAGUUUUUUCACGUUGUGGUAGCCCCUGGAAGCACUUCCUGCCUUAUCUUCUCUAUAAUCUUUCUAUCUUUUUCCAAACAUUAUUCUAUUGGAUAACUAUUUAGAAAAUGAAUCCUACUUCUAAGUUUCUCUCAUAAUU